GUCUGUCCUCCUGUCUUUGCCAGCCACUACUUCGUGUUCUGGAAAAUACAAAAACAAGCUUCUGACUUGAGAGUUUCCAUUUUGGUAUGGGUUGAGAGGACAGGGAAGAAUGUGCCAAGGAAGAGCACAUGAACAAAUGGAAGAGCCAUAUGUGGGCCAGGUACAGCUAAAAAUGGGGUAGGGGGAUUGGAGCAGCCUUUUCCAGGGUAUCCCAGCACCUUCACUUUACCAAUGAGGAAACUGAGGCCCAGAAAGAAUGACUUUCCCACAGCUACACUACUGAUGACGCAGGUGCCUCAAGGGUUGUUCUUGAGUGCAGUUGGCAGAGCCAGCUCUUCACCACAGGAUGCCUCCCUAGUUUCCUGCUUUUUGUUAUUUAACUUUAUUAUAGCUCUGAGAUUAUUGUUUGAAGGCAGCCCAGUUUCUUGAAAAUAACAGAGACUUUAAAGUCAGAUUUGUUCCUGUUGUCUGAGGCUCAGUUUCCUCAUCAGGGAAACACGGAUGUUAAAAAUUUAUCUCAUAGAUUUGUUAAGAUAGAAUGAAAUCAUAUAUGCCAAGGGCCUAGCACAUGGUAGGCACCCACUGAAUGGUUAUUUCUUUCCCCUGUGAGAUUGGAAUCUUCAAGAGUGGGAGCUUGUCUGCAUUCUCCAGAACAUAAAACAGUGCCUGGCCUACAGUCAUUCCACAUCAGAGGCUGGGUGGGCAUGUGUGCCCUCAUGGUCUGAAGUAGUGGGGCUGUUGCUUACAUCCUGAGAAUGAGACAGACUGUAGACAGGCACCAUGUGCUAUAGAUUCCAACUCCCACACACAGCUCUUGUUGCAAAGCAUCCCCCGUGCUGAUAUCAAGUAAUUUAAUUGACCUUUAAGCACUUGCCUCCACCCGGGAACUAUGUGGGGGGUUGGCCUGGAGAGCUCUGGCCUCUGGAAGAGUUGGAGAGGAACUAGCAUUUUUUCUGCCCUUUCAGCUCUAAUUCAGAGAGCUCUCCAGUCUUCUCUGUGGAUCUAAUUGCCUUGGUUCUUCCUUUUACCCUCAAGGAAGUUGAUUCUUUACUUACUACCUUUAUUUAGUAAGGAUUAGAGCAGAAUAUCGGAGCUAUAAGGGGACCCUACAGAUAAAACCUUUGGCUACCACUUUCAUUUAGAGCUGAAGCUAAUCCUGAUGAGUUCCCAGGCUGAGGCUCACCUUGGCACCUAACCCAUAGGGUCAUAUUUAUCCCUGCUGUUUUCCUAUUUGUGUUAAUAUUUUCCAUCCAAAAUAAGCAGGACAGGGUAGAAGAAGCUAAUUUUUUGAAUUUCUGGAUUCUCUUAACACCAGAGAACUUCAGAACCAGAAGGGACCACCUAUUGUGUGACAUAACCCCUUCAUAUCACAGUUGAGAGGCCUGAAACCAAAAAGACAAAAAGAGGUACAGAGACAGGUCAUGGAUGGUCAGAGUUGACCUUAGUACUGAAUUCUUGCAUCAUGUGUGGGUCUGGUCAGAUGCUAGCUUGUUAGGGAACAUAUUUGUGUGCAUGUUGUGUGUGUGUCAGAGUGGGGGGUAGAGAGAAAUAUAUGUGUAGAGAGAAAGAAGUAAGGCACGUUAACAUGGUGGAUGAGUGCAGGCUCUAGAAGGAGGCUGUCUGGUUUCAAAUCCUGGCUUUGCAAUUUAUUAACUGUCCUUGGGUUGACUGCCUUGAGCUUUAGGCAUCUCAUCUAUAAAAUGGGGAUAAGUACUCAUCUCACAGGCUAUCACAAUUAAAUGUAAUAACCUAGAUAAACUGUUCAGCAUAGCACCUGACACAUAGAAUACCCAUAAUAAUCCGUAGCUGUCACUUUAUAUUAUAUUGUGAGUGUGUGUCUAUAUACACCUAUGUGCAUGGAUUUAUUUCUCUUGUUACGCACCUCUUGGUCUUCUAAUGUAGAGCCUCAGGGAUUAAAGUUAACUUUGAACUACCUUGGCACAGUUACACCAAAGAUCAUGCCUGUGGGGGAAGUAGAACAUCUGGAAUAGGUCUCCCAUUUAUAGCUUUGUCUCAAGGACAUAAUCUGUCUAAUCCAGCUUUAUUUAAGGAGCACAUUUCCUGAUUCCUGAGCUUUCUCACGAAAACUGGAUGACAUGAAGUCCUCGGAUGGAGCCUGGUAAUUUGCCCUGGAGAGACUGGCUUCUUUGGAGCCAACUGACUUUUGUCCAGUUUGGAGGAAGAUCUUCAGGGCUGAGAAGGACUGUAUUUGUUUGUAUUUGUUGUAAGGACCAUGAGGCAUCAGCCUGAAUGGUCUUUGAAAUUUUCUUUCAUCCUAGCUCAUCUGUGAUUCUCUGAUGAAUUCAGAGUGUCUGGGCACAGGUCUGCUGAAAGUAGGACCCUCCCUCCAUGCUACCCAAAGAAAUUCAUUUUUCGUGAUUCCCUUCCAGCCUUGUUCUUACCCAGUUGAGUUAGUUACAAUAAAGGAAAUGACUUUUCUUUUCCCUUUCCCCCACACCUUUGUUUUCCUAGUCACAGGGUGGAGCUGGAUAUUCAAUGAAGAAAUUACUGGGGUGUGGCCCAAACUCUCCUCCCUUCUCCUUCUCCUUACAUUACCCCAUCCCCCGCAUCUGCAGCCACAUCCGUAAUCCUAUCUCUGGUAGCCUUCCGCCAGAUUCUCAGGUGCCCCAGACAAUAGGAAGCCACUGAAGGCUGGAACCUGGGACUGUACAGCAGAGGCCAGCUGACAAACCUCCUGGAAGUAGCCUAGUCUGUAACUGUGCUGGUACAGUUGGGUGCCUGGCCAGGAUCCUUCUGAUCCCUGGACACUUGGCUGACCAGCCCUCCUGCUUCCUCUCCUCAACCUUUGCAACAGGCCUAUUUGGACUCUGUGUACCUCUGGCAAUGCCAUUGGUUCUAGAGUUGGGGCCAUUCUCUCUGAAGCUCUCUGAAACUGGCUCCCCUCUCCAUGGGGGAGGCCAGGAAAACAGCCAGACUACAUGUUGUUUGUAGCUGAGGUCAAGUAUGGAGCUGGCAUGUUGUAUAAUGACUUGGCAUGUUGGCAAACCUAAGAACCUUGACAAGCUUUCUGAUGAUUGUCCUUUCACCCUCAUCAGAAGUGUUUAGCCAAGGAGGAGGGGUUGUGGGAAGAGGGAAAACUGCCUCUAUUAAUUAGUCUUUAUUGUCCUUACUUGGGACUCUCUGACUUGACCUGGUUCCUAAUAGCAUUGUCAGAAGGAAAAACCCACCAUCCUGAAGGCUCCUGGGAACUCUUCAAGGCCUCCUUUCUUGGGAUCAUGAACAGACUCUGAGCUUUCUCUUUUGAGAAGGGAUUUCUUUUCUUAUUUUAUUUUAUUUUAUUUUUAACAUUUAUUUAUUAUUGAGACACAGAGAGACGCAGAGCGUGAGCAGGGGAGGGGUAGAGAGAGGGGGAGACACAGAAUCUGAAGUAGGCUACAGGCUCUGAGCUAUCAGCACAGAACCCAAUGCGGAGCUCAAACUCACAAACUACGAGAUCAUGACCUGAGCUGAAGUCAGUCGCUCAACCAACUGAACCACCCAGGCGCCCCUUGAGAAGUGAUUUCUAAUGCCUAUGUUCUGGAAAAGGAAUAAUACAGAUAGAAAGCUGUUGUCACUUCAUCAGGCAACAGACCAUUUCCGCUAAAUUUGUGAUUCCAGGAAAGGCCGGUGAAGAAAUUAUACACGUAGCCACCAGAGACUGUGGUGUAAUAGGCUGGGUGACGACAGGGUAUCUUCUGUGAUGCUGGAAGCCAUGCUCAUUUUCUUACCUACACCCCCAUCUAAACAAGCAUGGUGCAUCAUAAUUAUAGUAAGAACUACCAUUUUUUGAGUGUUUACUAUGUACCAGACACUGUCCUAAGCAUUUCACAUUUGUAUCAUCUAACUUAAUUCUUAUAACAACCUAAUAACUGUAAUACUGGUCAUACAUAUUUUACAAAUAGGGAAAUGAAAGUUACUUGCUCACAGUCAUAGAGCUAGUAAGUAGCAUAGCUGAGAUUUGAACCCAGGUGUUCUGACUCCUUGCUUACAAGAAUGAAUCUCUUUACAUUCCUGAAUAUGGCCAGGUUGUUUAACCUCCCUGAGGCUCAGUUUCCUCUUCUGUAGCUUCAGAGUAAAAACACUCACCCUGCUUGCCACACACAGGUGGUGUCAGAUAACAUUGAAGGCUAUUGAUUCAAAAGCUUUAUGAACUCUCAAAUGUUAACAAAAGUGCCAAUACAUUUCUCCUGGGUCUCUGGCUCCUGCUGGGGGAGUCCGUGGAGCAACCCUGCCAUCUGCUGUUGUAAUGUUGUUGUUGCUGCCGCAUUUACUGACCCAAGCCUUUGAUUCUAGUUGGCUUAUUUGUCUACUUUAUCUCUAAGGAAGAGCCAGCCAGCAACUCAUUAAGGCUGGCAGUUAAACGGACUAGGGCCUGCCUGACAGAGGACAAACAGCUGGGCCUUCCUCUGCCCCCACAAACAACUCCAGCGUGAACACGGAGUGGGACUUCUGGUAUAUAGCAGCAGUAUGUUACCUUCAGCAUGCCUUAAUACUGCUCUGUUCUUUGGGAAGAGAGAACUAAGAUCCCAGAGAAGCCCCACAGCUGCUGUCUGGGGCAGAGAUGAAGAGGGGUAGGGUGGAGCCAGUAAUGGAAGACAGAUAUUUAUUAAGCAUUGUAUUGAGAGUUUCACUUAGAUUAUCUGAUUCAACCCUCACAAUAACUCUACAACUGCAUUUUACACAAAAACAGGAAGGUCCAGAGGUAGAGGAACUUGCUCAGGGUCACCCAGAGCUAACAUUUGAACUCAGGUCUCCCUGACUCUGAAGAGGGUCUUCUCUCCACUAGGACUCCCCAGAAAGAAUAGUAGACUUAGAGUCAGAAGAGCUGAAUUUGGGUCUUAGCUGAGCCAGGCUGGCUGUAACUGUGGGCAAGUUCCUUUGCCACUGUGAACUUCAAUUCCUCAUCUAUGAGAUAUAGUAAAAGUAAUCCACCUCAUGAACUUGUUGUGAGGAUCAAGGCGGUAAUGGAUAAGAAGGCACUCUGAGGGGCACCUGAGUGGCUCAGUUGGUUAAGCAUCUGACUCUUGAUUUCAGCUCAGGUCAGGAUCUCACAAAAAAAAGCACUCUGAAAACAUGAGGAUGGUGUAAUGUGAAGGGUUAGCAGUGAGCAGCACAUGGGAAUUUUGUGCUGUUUACGUUACCAGUUCAUGUAUAAUUUUGAGCAUCAUUUGCUAUAUCAAAGGCACCAAAUUAGAUGCUGUUGGGGAUACAGAUUUAACAUAUUGGCCUGGUCUCCUAACUGGCUCCCUCAGACAGCUGAAAAACAGUAAUAAUGUGGAGCAGUCCUAAUAGUGGGCUCUAGUGUGACUUUUAUUCUCAUUCCCCUGAAACAGUGUUCCCUUAGUAACUUUCCAGGGGACAGCCACAUCAGUCCAUCCACUGGCCACUCUUCAGUCUUCAUCUUGUAUGACCUUCCAAGUUACACUAGAGGUUAGUAGAGAAAAGUGAGCAAGAUUUUGGGAGUCAACCUGUUUGAGUUUCCAUCCCAGUUUCUCUUGAGUCAGCUGACCUUGAGUUUCUUUCCACAGUUUCCUCAUCUAUAAAAGGGGAAGUAAAAUGCUUCCCACCUGAAAAGGUUGUUGUGCAGCAUUAAAUUUGAUCAUGUAUUCAAAGCCCUUAGCACAGUGCCUGGCCAUAAUUAGGACUUAACAGAUGGUAGCAUUUAUUAUUAUGUUAGUAUUUUUGUCACUCUUGAAACAUUCUCUUCCCUCGACUUCCAUGACAUUCCAUACUCUCCUGCUUCCCCCCCCCCCCCCACACACACACACUUUUCUGGUCAUUCCAGUUAACUUAUCCUCUAUCUAGCUCUGAAAUGUUGCUGUUCCUCCAGGCACACUCUCUGUUUCUCCCUAGGCAAUCUCACCCACACCCAUGGCUUCCUCCACACACUGAUGACUCCAAAGUUUGUAUCUACAAUCCAAACCUUUCCACUGGGCUCUUGUCCUGUCUAUCCUACUAUGAGCCUCUCCUGCCCAUUUGAAUGUCUUCCAGGCAUCCCAGAUCCAGCUGGACUUUCAUUCUUCCUCCCCAGAUUAGCUUCUCUUCAGUAUAACCUGUCUCAUUGAAUGGCAUGACCAUCCACCCCACUGCCUAAGCCAGAACCUGGAAGUGCUUCUUGAUACCUCUUCUCUCUCAUCCCCAAUAUCCACACCUGUCAGUUUUAUCUCUAGGUUAUAUUUUGAAUGCGUCCAUUUCUUUCCAUUUCUCCUACUACCACCCUAUUCCAGGCUAUUAUCGUCUCUCACCUGGGUGACUAAAGUAGCCUUCUAAUUGCAUAGUCACUUGCACCACCCAAUCCAUUCUCCACAGAGCGGCCAGAAUGAGUGACCUUAAAAAAAAAUCUGAGCACGUCACACUGUCAUCUCUCCAUCCUUAUAUGCAUCCAUGAUUUUGCAGUGCUCUUGGAUAAAAACCAGUCCCUAAUGUGGCCUACAGAGCCCCUUGUGGCCUGGCCUCUCCCCAUAGCCUCCUGCUCACUCUACUUCAGUCUCACUGCUCCUCCUCACAGGGUCCAAAACACACCCUGCUUCCUUCUGACAGCCUUCUGUUCCCACUGUUCUCUCUGCCUGGAAUGCCCUCUCACUCUCUUUUGGCCUAAUUAACUCUUGUUCAUCCUUCAGAUCUUUACCUGAAUGUCUCAAAGAAAUAGUUAUAGAAUAGGUCAUGACCCCCUGUUUUAUGCUUUCAUAGACCUUCCCUUUGAUGCUUUUUUUUUGUGGUUUUAAUUUUACGUUUAUUCAUUUGAUCAUCUCCUUAAUAACAUCCUGAGACCUCUAAUAUUCUGUAAGUAUAACCUGAUCACGGACCAUGGGACAUUUUGCCCUUCAUUGUGUCACCACUGAGCACAUCAUUGGCAUGUGAGGGAUAUUUGUUGAAUGAGUUGCCAGGGUGGCCAAGAGACAUGAUGUAAGCAAGGCCUUUCCCUGCCCUUCCUCUUCCCCACAUCCUUUCCUUAGCAGCCACUGAGUCUGCAGGUACUGUAAGUGGCAGAGAGGAAUUGGUUCUAGACAUUGGGUUGUUUUGGAAAGUUGCCUGCGAUGUUGAAGUGAGAAGUUAAAGCUUUGUCUUCUGCCCCCAAAGGAGCCAGAGAUGAUGACCCAGGAAUCCUGUUCAGCAGCAGGUCUUGAGCUGUGCUUCUUUGUAGGUACCAGCCAGACAGGAACAAAUUGUGAAGAGAAAGGCAGUAGAGGGAAGAAAGAGCCCAACUACUCUAGACGGAACUAAUUAUGAAUUGAAAUCUGACAAGUUUCAGUUCUAAUUGUGCUCAGAAUGCCAGGAUUCCCUCACCAACUGGUACUAUGAGAAGGAUGGGAAGCUUUAUUGCCACAAGGACUACUGGGGAAAGUUUGGGGAGUUCUGCCAUGGGUGUUCUCUGCUGAUGACAGGGCCUGUCAUGGUGGCCGGGGAGUUCAAGUACCACCCAGAGUGCUUUGCCUGUAUGAGCUGCAAGGUGAUCAUCGAGGAUGGGGAUGCAUAUGCUCUGGUGCAGCAUGCCACCCUUUACUGUGGGAAGUGCCACAAUGAGGUGGUGCUGGCACCCAUGUUUGAGAGACUCUCCACGGAGUCUGUUCAGGACCAGCUGCCCUACUCUGUCACACACAUCUCCAUGCCAGCCACCACGGAGGGCAGACGGGGCUUCUCUGUGUCUGUGGAAAGUGCCUGCUCCAACUAUGCCACCACUGUGCAAGUAAAAGAGGUCAACCGGAUGCACAUCAGUCCCAACAACCGCAAUGCCAUCCACCCCGGGGACCGCAUCCUGGAGAUCAAUGGGACCCCUGUCCGCACACUCAGAGUGGAAGAGGUAGAGGAUGCGAUUAGCAAGACAAGCCAGACACUUCAGCUCUUGAUUGAACAUGACCCCGUCUCCCAGCGCCUGGACCAGCUGCGACUGGAUGCACGGCUCUCUCCCCGCAUGCAGAAUGCCGGACACUCCCCUACUCUCAACACCCUGGACACCAAGGAGAAUUUGGAAGGAACACUAAGGAGACGCUCUCUGAGGCGCAGUAACAGCAUCUCCAAGUCCCCUGGCCCCAGCUCCCCAAAGGAGCCCCUGCUCUUUAGCCGUGACAUCAGCCGCUCAGAAUCCCUCCGCUGUUCCAGCAGCUACUCACAGCAGAUCUUCCGGCCAUGUGACCUGAUCCACGGGGAGAUCCUGGGGAAGGGCUUCUUUGGACAGGCCAUCAAGGUAACACACAAAGCCACGGGCAAAGUGAUGGUCAUGAAGGAGUUAAUUCGGUGUGAUGAGGAAACACAGAAGACUUUUUUGACUGAGGUGAAGGUGAUGCGCAGCCUGGACCACCCCAAUGUGCUCAAGUUCAUUGGUGUGCUGUACAAGGACAAGAAGCUGAACCUGCUGACAGAGUACAUUGAAGGGGGCACGCUGAAGGACUUUCUGCGCAGUGUGGACCCAUUCCCCUGGCAGCAGAAGGUCAGAUUUGCCAAAGGCAUCGCAUCUGGAAUGGCCUAUUUACACUCCAUGUGCAUCAUCCACCGGGAUCUGAACUCACACAACUGCCUUAUCAAGCUGGAUAAGACCGUGGUGGUGGCAGACUUUGGGCUGUCACGGCUUAUAGUUGAAGAGAGGAAAAAGCCCCCAGUGGAGAAGGUCACCACCAAGAAACGCACCUUGCGUAAGAAUGACCGUAAGAAGCGCUAUACCGUGGUAGGAAACCCCUACUGGAUGGCCCCUGAGAUGCUGAAUGGAAAGAGCUACGAUGAGACGGUGGAUGUCUUCUCUUUUGGGAUCGUUCUCUGCGAGAUCAUCGGGCAGGUGUAUGCAGAUCCUGAUUGCCUGCCCCGAACACUGGACUUUGGUCUCAACGUGAAGCUUUUCUGGGAGAAGUUUGUCCCCACAGACUGCCCCCCAGCCUUCUUCCCCCUGGCCGCCAUCUGCUGCAAACUGGAGCCCGAGAGCAGACCGGCAUUCUCAAAACUGGAGGACUCCUUUGAGGCUCUCUCCCUGUAUCUGGGGGAGCUGGGCAUCCCACUGCCUGCAGAGCUGGAAGAGCUGGACCACACUGUGAGCAUGCAGUAUGGCCUGACCCGGGACUCACCUCCCUAGCCUUGGCCCAGCCCCCUGCAGGGGGGCGUUCUGCAGCCACCAUUGCCCCCUCUGCGCCCCAUCUCUGCUGUGGGCAGGGCCGUCCGGGCUUCCUGUGGAUUGGCGGCUUAUUCAGAAGCAGAACAAGCCAUCCCUACUACCUCCCCAGGAGGCCAGCGGGUGCAGCACCAGGAAACACAUCACAGGUUUGGGGUUCUGGUUACUGUCUGUAAAUCCAACACUCACCUGAAAGCUGUGAAGAAAGAAAAAAAAGAAAAAGAAAAGCCUGGCCCAUGGGCUGGGGGAAUCUGUUACUGAUGACCACUCGGGAGCUCCCUGGCAGUGUGAUUCUGGGAGGCUGUUGCUUACACUAAUCAGUGUGACCUGGACCUGCUGGGCAGGAUUCCAGGGUGAACCUGCCUGUGGGCUCUGAAGUCUCUGGUCGCACUGGGUACAGGAUGACUUUAAGGGGGAGUAUGGAUGAGAGAGAGACUGGUGGCCAGGUGGCUAUCCAAGGAUGUGAAAUGACAGUGGUGCUACCCCCCUUCCACCCCAUGCCUCGCCCCCCUAGGGUUAGGGUUAGUUUGUGGUGGAACUGGCCAGGAGUCAGGGAAAGGCUAGUUUCUACUCGUCUCCCAGGCCUAGGGGCCACAUCAGUGUGAGGGGGAGCUUCCGCCUCAUGUUCACAAACUACCGCUCUUGCUGAGCGCUCCUGGGCUUUUCUGCCUACAACAAGCACUCACCCACAAGUGCAGGAAGAGGCUAGGGGCUAGAAAGGGGCCCUGUCUUCUAGAAAGCCCAUAUCCUGGCUGCUGUCAUUCAUAGCCUGGUGAGCACCUCAGUCAGAAGCCCAAGACAUAUAGCUUAGUGUUAGAUGGGUUCUGGAGGAUUGUGUGGCUUGCCACAGGCUCAGUGUAUAAGCCAAGGGAGUGGGAAUCUCAGCAGUCUCUUGGUCUUGUCCUUGUGGCAACCACUGCUCACUCUUCACUAUGCCUGGUCCAGGCAGCAACCUAGGCAGGAAGAGGUGGUGGCAGAGCUCCAGAGCUGGGAUGCUGGAGGAGACCACUCCCUGAGCUGGCCUUUCUGGCUUCUACCUCCCUUGUUGGUUGGCCCAGCUCACUAGCUCCUGGCUGUAUCUUCCUGACACAGCUGAUGGGUGCUGAAAAGCCCCAGAGGCACCCUCCACCUUGGCUUCCAGAGCUCCAGGGACUCUUCAACACAAAUAGAUUUGCCUCCUGUGAGCUUGCACCAUAUUUAACAAAUUGGGAAUGGGUUUGGGACAUUACUGCAAUGUGUGGUGGUUGUUUUGGGGAUGGGGGAGGUGGUGGUGGGGAGUGAUCCAAGAGAGUGGUUGAUGUUAAAACUAUUUUGUUGCUGUAUCUGUUGGGUGAUAUGUGAAAUAUUGUACAUAGACCUGAUAAAUUGUGGGAUUAGAUGUCAUCUCUGGACAGAGUUUACCUGCUAUAUAGACCAUACUUAAUGUGUGGAGUGUGCAAGCUUGCUGUAGGAUUGAGCCCUGGCUCCCAGCAGCCCUAAGUCAGCAUUUUGUGGCUGGUUGUGCCUCAGUUGUCCCCAGCAAGCAUGGGAGUGGUGGGCCCACGAUGGGCCGUUGAACAGACCAAAUAAAUUAAGCAGUUAACAUAA